UGUGUGUGUGUGUGUGUGUGUGUGUGAGAGAGAGAGAGAGAGAGAGAGAGAGAGCGAGAGCGCGCUCUGUAUGAAUGAUUCACCCUUAUUGAUCCGGGAAUCUGCUGCAGCUUUCACACACGAUGGACUCUCGCGGCCUCCUCGCGCUGGCGCUGAUCCUUUGGUUCCGUUGCUAUGGCGCCCUCUCGUGUCCGGUGCGCUGCACGUGCCACUUCGGCAUCCAAUCCAUAGAGGCAGUGUGUCCCGACGCGGCGCUCUCGCGUUACCCUAGCGACGGUCUCCCAGGCAACACCACCUCCCUAACCAUCCAGUUCACCAACCUGAGCAGCGUCUCCGCCCACGAGCUGGGAGCCACGCCCCUUCUCCAGGAGCUCCACCUACCAGGAAACACACUCAGCAGCUUACCAGAGGACCUGCUUUCUGGUCUUUAUUACCUGCACACCAUAGACCUUACAGGUAAUCAGCUAAAGGAGCUGCCUGCUCGGGUAUUCUACCAUGCCCCGCUCCUCAACCUGGUUCUUAAAGACAACCGGCUCACUAGCGUCGAUGUCGACUGGCUGCCCACUAACAGCAACCUCACGUGGCUCGACCUGUCAGGGAACAAGCUGAGGAAAAUUCCAUCUGCUCUGCUCCAGAGGCUGAGCCACCUGGAAACUCUACACUUAUCACAGAACCUGCUAGAGGCACUUCCAGCUGAGAGCCUCCACUCCCUUUAUGCUCUAGAGAGACUUCACCUGGACGAGAACAAACUUCACUUCCUGGACGCCAAGGCUUUUAGCCAUAACGCUAACCUGACUCACUUGUUCCUUCAGAGGAACAAGCUGCAGUCUCUCCCGGGUACAGUGUUUCAUGGCCUAGACCGGCUGCAGUACCUGGACCUCUCAGAGAACCAGCUGACAUUCCUGACACCCGGUACGCUUGGUUUAAGGAUCAGCUGGGUGGAGUUGACCUUUAACCCCUGGCAUUGUGAUGCUAAAAUAGAGUACCUGUGGAAGAGGUUAAACAACAUGGCGGUGCAGUCAGAGGUGAAGUGUGCUUCACCGGAGACGCUGAAGGACAAAGCCCUCGCAGCACUUACACGCAAAGAGCUGGGCCUGGCAGACUGAAGAAAGAAAGGAUGAAGAUGAGGUGGAGGAAGAAGAAAGCUGGAAAUGUUUAAAUGAGUGAAUAGAGGAGCGAGAGUAGCGGAGGAGAGCAAGAAAUAAACGAAUGCAAUUAGAAAAUGAAAACAGAAAAGUUCAAGCACUGUAACUUCAUGUUGUGUGAAACAGCAAAGUGAUCAAAUGGAAGAGAAAAUAAAUGAUUAAGAUGAAACAA